CCCCUGCCUUCGCCUUCCUUUUCUUCACCCCUUGCGCGCUCUCUCUCUCUCUCUCUCUCUCUUUCCCUGGCGUCGCUCCACUUCUCCUGCUCUCUCCGACGACGCGCCCGGCGUCCGACGCCCAACGCCGCCGGCUUCUUAGCUUUCGGCGCCGGAGUCCCCUCCGGCGGGCGUGUUCGCCGUCGACCUCUUUGAUCGCGCGCUGUCGCUCCUCUCCGUGGCCGUUCUCUCCUCGCACCCUCGACGGCCGCUUCUCGCCGACUAUCCUUCCGAGGCUGACACAGGUUAGAAAAAGCAGCAUGGGGACAAAAGUCCAACAAAAUUCUAUAGAUUCACCUAAAGCAGAAAUAGACACAAGGGCACCUUUUGAAUCUGUCAAAGCUGCUGUCAGCCUCUUUGGUGAGGUAGCAUUUGCAUCUGACAGAUCUACUGCGAGAAAGCCAAAGCCUCCACUCAUUGAGAGGGCUUUACCCAAGGAGACACAGCUUCACUUGGCCAAAAAAGAGCUUAACAAGUACAAGGAACAGCUUAAUAAUGCUGAUAUAACUAGGAUCCAGGCACUUGCUGAAUUAGAGAGGGUUAAAAGAACUGUUGAGGAACUGACUAACAAACUCAGUACUCUAAAUGAGUCGAAGGAGCAGGCUUUAAAAGCUACUGAAGCUGCAGAUAGUCAAACUAAGAAACUUGAAGAUGUGAGCUCUGUUGAGAGUACUACUCAUAAGGAUGCUGGCUGGGAGCAGGAAUUUGACAAUGCAAGGGAGCAGUAUGCAGCUGCCAUCACGGAGCUUGAUGCAGCAAAACAGGAACUUAGGAGAAUCAAGAAGGAUUUUGAGACUUCGAUGGAGGGAAAACUCACUGCCAUUCAGCAAGAAGCUGAAUCAAAGCGGCUAUUUGAUGCAAACACUGAGAAAGUUGCUCAGCUUUCUAAGGAGAUAUCAGCUGCUCAGGAAUCACUUAUGCAUGUGAAGCUUGCCGCUGAUCAAGCCCGACAAGAGGAGUCAAAGAUUCACAUUGACAAAGAUACUGACAAACUGUCCUACAAACAAGCUCUAGAAGAAACUGAAAAGAAAUUGGCAUCUCUGAAGAAAGAGUUUGAUCCUGAAGUUCAUUAUAUGCUUGAGGCAAAACUGGCAGAGACAACUGCUGAAAUUGGAGCUGUGCAGAAGGAAAUGGAAGAUACCAGGACCUCAGAUCUGGAGUUUGUUACUACAGUGACUUGUGAGCUCGAUGGUGCUAAAGAAAUGCUGCAAAAACUUGCUGAAGAAGAGAGUUCACUCAGAAGUUUGGUGGAAUCCCUGAAGCUUGAGUUGGAAGGUCUAAAGAAAGAGCAUGAAGAGCUCAAAGAGAAGGAUGCAGAAACUGAAUCUGUUGUUGGUAACCUUCACCUUAAACUUCAGAAAUGCAAAGCUGAGCUUGAGGCAGCCAUGGUUGCAGAAUCCAAAGCGACUUCAGCAUCUGAUGAUCUAGUAUCAACCCUUCAGCAGCUAUCAUCUGAAUCCCAGAAUGCAUUGCAGGAAGCAGAAGAAAUGAAGAAAAGUGCUGAAGAACUAAGAGCUGAUUCGGAGGCAGCCCAAACCACCUUACAUGAAGCAGAAAAGAAGCUGCAGGUUGCUUUGAAGGAUGCCGAAGAAGCAAAAGCAGCAGAGGCAAGAGUCCUUGAUCUUAUCAAGGAACUUUCUGAGAAAGCAAAUGUUGCUCGUGCAUCAUCUUCUGAGUUUGGGGCGAACAUAACAAUUUCAAAAGAAGAGUACGAGUCAUUGACCCGAAAGGUAGAGGAGUCUGGGAAGCUGGCGGAGAUGAAGGUUGCUGCUGCGAUCGCCCAGGUGGAUGCUGUAAGGGCCAGUGAGAAUGAGGCAGUCAAGAAACUUGAGGCUGCUCGGAAGGAGAUGGAGGACAUAGAGACAGCGACAGAGGAGGCACUGAAGAGGGCAGAGAUGGCUGAGGCUGCAAAGAAAGCUGUUGAAGGAGAGCUGAGGAGGUGGCGAGAAAAGGAACAGAAGAUGGCUGCCAAGACUGCCUCAAGGAUACUGGCCGAGACACAGAUGUUGGCAGAAGCACUACCACCAAAACCGAUGGUUCAUAGUGCAAAGGGUGUGGAGAAGACGGAAGAGAACCGAAAGGUUGUUAGACCAACGGUUUCAAAAAAGGCACUUCUCCCAAACUUGAGCGGCAUAUUUCAUAGGAAGAAGAACCAAGUUGAUGGUGGCUCCCCUUCUCAUCUCCCAGGCGAGAAGCCUGUAUGAUCUGAUGCUAUCUUAUUCUCUUGUAUGAUUUGACAGGGUUUUUAGACCUGAGGGGAUGUGCAAGAUAUUUGUGUAUGUAUAAUAGUUCUGAAGGUUUUUCUCUUUGUUCA